GCCGUCUUACGUGUUUGAAACAAGCAUGACGGGUGAAAGUUACAACAUCUACAAUGCUGUUUAUGCUGUGGCACACGCGUUACAUGCAAUGCAUGGAUCAGGAAUGCGACCAGCCAUGAUGAGGCUUGGAAAGAGGAUCUCCAAUGUCCAGUCAUGGAAGAUUCUUCCCUAUCUGAGGAAGGUCCAGUUCAACAACAGUGCUGGAGAGGAAAUUUCCUUCUCAGAAAAUGGACUGGGAUCUGCUCGUUAUGAUCUUAUCAACUGGGUUCUCUGCCCCAAUCGAUCUUUUGUGCCUGUGAAGGUUGGGGAAAUAGAUCCUGGGUCUCCCUCAAGAAAGGAUUUCACCAUUGCCUCCAAUGCAAUCACCUGGGCCUCAAAGGUGAGCUGGAAGGAAACGGUGUAACUUCAGGGAAAGGCUCAUUCUCUCCUGAGGAUACAGAAUUCCCUUCUAACUCAAAACAGGACGACUGAAAUAGAAAAUGUGGCAUCCGUUGGUGGAAAACC